AUGAGCGCGGGCGACGCCGUGUGCACUGGCUGGCUCGUCAAGUCGCCCCCCGAAAGGAAGCUGCAGCGCUACGCCUGGCGCAAGCGCUGGUUCGUCCUCCGGCGGGGCCGCAUGAGCGGCAACCCCGACGUCUUGGAGUACUACCGGAACAAGCACUCGAGCAAGCCCAUCCGCGUCAUAGACCUCAGCGAGUGUGCAGUGUGGAAGCAUGCGGGUCCCGGCUUCGUUCGGAAGGAAUUUCAGAAUAAUUUUGUGUUCAUUGUCAAGACCACUUCCCGUACAUUCUAUCUGGUGGCCAAGACCGAGGAAGAAAUGCAGGUGUGGGUGCACAGCAUCAGUCAGGUCUGCAACCUCGGCCACCUGGGGGACAAUGCAGCAGAUCCCAUGGAGAGCCUCUCUCACGCACCGUCCUCCCUCCAGCCAUCCCCUGCCAGCUCCCUUCACACUACUGCCCAUGCUGCCAGCUCCUCCUUGCCAAAAGAUGACCCAAACACUAAUACCAUAGCCGCAGAGGAAACCAGAAGUGAGUCAGAGCUCCUCUUCCUUCCUGAUUAUCUGGUUCUGUCCAACUGUGAGACUGGAAGACUGCACCAGACCAGUCUACCCACCAGAUGUGACAGCUGGUCAAACUCAGACCGCUCAUCGGAACAGACUUCAUUCGAUGAUGUUUUUGUUGACUGCCUGCAGCUGCUACCCUCCAGUCACUUGGUCCACCCAUCACGCCAUGGAAAUGGCUUUCAGGAGGUGCCUUCUACAAGGCCUCAGGCUGCCCUGACCUGGAGUAGAGAAAUCAAUGGGCCAUCCAGGGACCCAUUGUCAUCUUCACCGACACUGGAAGCCUCCCUAAAUUCCUCCAUUCGUGUAGAUAAGUAUCAAGGUUCCUUGAUCUGUGGAGCAAAAGACCUAGACAUUACGUGCAUCACUCCGCCUCCCCGCCCUCCUAAGCCAAGCCAUCUCUCUGAGCGGCGCCACGAGGAGCCACUCCUGUGCAGUGGGCACAGCCGCAGCAGGAAGCCAGAAUGCACUCUGGUUCCCAGAAGAAUCUCCCUUUCUGGUUUAGACAACAUGAGAACGUGGAAAGCUGAUCUAGAAGGCCAAUCCUUAAGACACCGAGAAAAGCGGCUUAGUUUAAAUUUGCCAUGCAGGUUCUCCCCGAUGUACCCCACAGCUUCAGCCAGUGCCGAAGACAGCUAUGUGCCCAUGAGCCCCCAGGCUGUUGCCUCUGAUCUUGGACCUCACUGCAGCCCUGAUGACUACAUCCCAAUGAGCUCAGGAAGCAUCUCAAGCCCACUGCCUGAGCUACCUGCAGACAUGGAGCCUCCCCCAGUAAAUAGAGAUCUGAAGCCUCAGAGGAAAUCACGGCCACCUCCCCUGGACCUGAGAAACCUCUCCACCAUCCGGGAACACUCAUCUCUAACCAGGACCCACACUGUGCCUUGCAAUCGAACCAGCUUUCUCUCUCCAGAAAGAAAUGGUAUUAAUUCUGCAAGCUUUUUUGCCAGUCCUGUUUCCAGAAAAGAGGAAGAAAGCUACCUCCAAACGGAAGAGCACCGUACAGCCAAGUCCCUGAGCAGUGGUGCUCUUAUGUGGACAAAGAAAUUCAGCCUGGAUUAUUUGGCUCUGGAUUUCAAUUCAGCGUCACCAGCACCCGUACAGCAGAAACUUCUUUCAGAAGAGCAUAGAGUAGACUACGUCCAAGUGGACGAGCAGAAGACGCAGGCUCUCCAGAGCACAAAGCAGGAGUGGACAGAUGAGAGGCAAUCCAAAGUGUGA